AUGCUCGAAGCCGUCACUGGCAUCGCAACACGGACGUCCCAGGGCGAACCGACUCUCAAGGCCGUUGAGCUCCCCGAGCUUCUGUCUCCGGCCAUGGAGCAGAUUCCCGAUGAGCUCACGGACCCCAAGACGAAGAUGCACAACCGCCACGUCGACAUGCUCGUCAACAAGGAGGUCACGGACGUGCUGAGGAUGCGCGCCGAGAUCACAAAGUUUAUGCGUGAGCAUCUGUACGCGAAGCGCUUCCUCGAGUUCCAGACGCCUAUCCUGUCCCAAAACGCCGGCGGUGCCGUGGCCCGCCCCUUCGUCACAACGGCCACGGAGUUCAGAGACAAGCACUUGGCCAUGCGCAUAGCGCCGGAGCUGUGGCUCAAGCGUCUCGUCGUAGGCGGCGUCGACCGCGUAUUCGAAAUCGGCCCGUCCUUCCGCAACGAGGGCAUCGACGCCACGCACAACCCAGAAUUCACAAUGUGCGAGUUCUACAGCGCCUACAGCAACCUCGCCGACCUCAUCAACGAGACGGAGGAGCUCCUCGGCGGCCUGGCUGAGCGCGCGGCGCAGCUGAUAGACACGGAGCUCACAUCUCUCCCCCGUCUCGACAUGGACCGUUUCAAGAGGCCCUUCAAGCAGGUUGAGUUCGUGCCCGCCCUCGAAGACGCGCUGGGCUUCCGCCUGCCCAAGCUGAGCUCCGAGGAUGCCCUGCCGGAGCUGCUGGUAGCCCUCAAACUGGCCGACGUCUCCGUUCCCGGCGAGGUGCCCUCGACACUGCCCAAGCUGCUCGACCGUUUGGCCGCCAUGUAUCUGGAGCCGCAGUCAUUCGAGCAGCCCGUCUUCAUCACACACCACCCGUCAUGCAUGUCCCCUCUGUCCAAGAGCUUCGUCUGCCCCACCACGUUCCAGCUCGUCUCGGCCCGCGCGGAGCUCUUCGUCGGCGGCCGUGAGCUCGCGAACAUGUACGAGGAGGAGAACGACCCGGAGGAGCAGAAGCGCAAGCUGGCUACCCACAGGAACCUGGUCAACAAGCCUGACGGCAGCGUGGCUAUCGAGGUGCCACCGCAGUCGCACCCGCAGGACGAGGCUGAGAUUGAGGGCAUCGAGACGGAUGUCGACGGCGAGACGUCUCCACUCGACCAGAGCUUCAUCAAGGCCCUCGACUACGGUCUCCCCCCCACGGGAGGCUGGGGCUGCGGUGUCGAGAGGCUCGUCAUGCUCUUCUCGGGCGCCAAACGCAUCAGCGACUGUCUCAGCUUCGGCACCCUCAAGAACGUCGUCGGUCUGUCGGCCGAGAAUGAGGACGACAGGAAGCUGAAGCAGCCCGCCAACACAAACGGCAAGGCUUAA